AUGGAGCAGGAAACUACACUGAAGCACGGCGGCGAGCCAAACCCAAUUGACACUACGGGCCUUUGCCUGCUGUCCCUGGAUGGUGGUGGCGUCCGAGGCCUCUCGUCACUUUACAUCCUGAAAAGCAUCAUGGACCGAUUAAACCAUGCGCGGCAGCAGAUCAAGCUCCCUCCGGUGAAGCCGUGCGAAGUGUUCGACCUUAUCGGGGGCACAAGCACGGGUGGCCUCAUCGCGAUCAUGCUCGGUCGGCUUGAGAUGGAUGUCAACGAGUGCAUUGGCGCAUAUAGCGAUCUUGCAGCAGCAGUGUUCGGUGAGAAACUGAGAUCAGUCCCUAUCAGCUUUAAGGGUGAUAUCACGGCCCGGUUCGACUCAAAGAAGCUGGAGAGCGCGAUUCAAAAGGUGGUCGAAGACAGUCGUGCAUCCAAGCAGGAGCUGUUUAAUGAUGGCACUGAACGUGGAUGCCGAACCUUCAUUUGCACUGCCGACCGCCACACAAAGGACAUUGUCCGCCUCCGAAGCUACAGCCUCCCUCACGAGCCAAAUAUCCGCGCGACGAUAUGCCAAGCCGCCCUCGCGACAUCUGCUGCGACAACGUUCUUUGAGCCUGUCAGCAUUGGAGACCGCUCAUUUGCUGAUGGCGGACUAGGCGCGAAUAACCCAGUCGACGAAAUGGAGGGCGAGGCGUCGAACAUAUGGUGCUCUGAGACGGGAGACCUGAAGCCACUGGUCAAGUGCUUUAUCUCGAUCGGAACAGGGAACCCAGGCAAGAAGCCGUUCGAGGGCAGUAUAGUGAAGUUCCUCCGGCAGACUGUGGUGCAGAUUGCAACUGAGACGGAGAACACGGAGAGGAAGUUCAUAGCAAGAUGGGCAAGACAUUUCGACGAGAAGCGGUACUUCCGGUUUAAUGUUGAGCAGGGUCUGCAGGAGAUUGGGCUAGAGGAGUACAAGCAGAAGGGAGCCAUAGAGGCGGCAACGGAGGGCUACCUCACGCACAUAGCACAGAAGUUCCGGGUGCGGGACUGCAUUCAGAACAUGAGGCUCAAAGAGAACAAGACUGGAUCGGAUUUUUCCACUGUUAUACACGAACAUAUCAUUCCGUGGCAGUCAGCUCACCGCUUCGAUCUACCAUUUGACCUUACCACUGUGCCGGUGAUUGAAAAUUUCCUGGGACGACAAGACGAGCUGGACCAGCUGUGGGAGCUUUUACAACCAACGGGUUCCCAGUCACGCAAAGUUGCGAUACUCCAUGGACUUGGGGGAAUAGGAAAGACGCAACUAGCGAUUCGCUUUGCACGAGACCACAAACACGAUUUCACUGCCAUCUUUUGGCUGAGUGGCAAGGAUCGAGGCACCCUGUUGCGAUCUUUGAGUUCCAUCUUUCCCCGAGUGCCAGGACCGUCACAGAAUACCGAGGCGGUCAAUGAGGAAGAGGUAGAGCAACGAGCCAGGCAUGUAUUACAUUGGCUCGCAUUGGAAGGAAACUCACGUUGGCUUAUCAUCUUUGACAACAUCGACCAGUACUCUCCCGUCAAUAGCGCUACUGGUGACGCAUAUGAUAUCGGCGAAUUCUUCCCUGCUGCCGAUCAUGGCUCCAUUCUUAUGACAUCGCGACUCCAAAGGUUGACUGAGCUAGGAAAGUCUUUUCCGAUCCACAGGCUUCACUUUAGGGAUGCAAUUCAACUACUGUUGCAAAGCUGCUAUCUAUCGCAAAGUACCAUCGGGGAGCUUGAGAGCAAUUCAGAUACUGUUGCUCUUGCAAGUCGUCUAGAUGGACUUCCACUGGCAAUCGUCAUUGCCGGGGCGUUUAUGCGUGAAACUGGAACCAGCAUCACUGAUUACUUGCAUGAUUACCAAGAAUCUUGGUCUGAGCUACAGCUGCAAUCAAAUCCUGAACGCCAUCACCAACAAGGUAACAUGCUACAAACAUGGAUGAUCUCAUAUCAUGAGAUUCAGAAACGGGACCCGCACGCAGCAAAAUUGCUCCUUUUACUUGCACACUUCGAUAAUCGAGAUAUUUGGUAUGAAUUGAUAAAAAGCAGCCAGCACAGCUCAAAUGCUCCUGCUUGGCUUGAAAAAAUUAUAUCAAAGGGACUCGCGUUUAGAACCGGCGUCAAAACUCUCGUCGGGUUCUCUCUGCUUGAGACCACAGAACAAGGAGGAAGUUAUACGAUGCACCCAGUGGUACAAGACUGGUGCAUUCAUCUUUCUAGCACAGACAGAAAUGUGGAUUCGACCCAGCUAAAUAGACUGGCACUGAUAUCUAUUGGAUACACUGUUCCAAGUUCAAGUGACCGAAAUUAUGCGGGCCUUCAGCAACGCCUUAUUCCACACGCGAAUCAUGUACUUCAUGGGAAUUGGUCAGGUGAAAACGUCGAUAACGAAGUAUGGGGAGCAUUAACUCAAUUGGGGAACCUCUACUCUGAUCAGGGGAAGCUGAAGGAGGCAGAGGAGAUGUACCAGCGAGCACUGGCAGGCAAGGAGAACGCCCUCGGUCCAGAUCAUACGUCCACCCUUGUUACAGUGAACAACCUUGGUGUUCUCUACGGAAAUCAGGGGAAGCUGGAGGAGGCAGAGGAGAUGUACCAGCGAGCACUGGCAGGCUACGAGAAAGCCCUCGGUCUAGAUCAUACGUCCACCCUUGAUACAGUCCACAACCUUGGUCUUCUCUACGGAAAUAAGGGGAAGCUAAAGGAGGCAGAGGAGAUGUACCAGCGAGCACUAGCAGGCAAGGAGAACGCCCUCGGUCCCGAUCAUACGUCCACCCUUGAUACAGUGAACAACCUUGGUCUUCUCUACAGAAAUCAGGGGAAACUGGAAGAGGCAGAGGAGAUGUACCAGCGAGCACUGGCAGGCUACGAGAAAGCCCUCGGUCCCAAUCAUACGUCCACCCUUAAUACAGUCCACAACCUUGGUGUUCUCUACUCUGAUCAGGGGAAGCUGAAGGAGGCAGAGGAGAUGUACCAGCGAGCACUGGCAGGCAAGGAGAACGCCCUCGGUCCCGAUCAUACGUCCACCCUUGAUACAGUGAACAACGUUGGUGUUCUCUACUCUCAUCAGGGGAAGCUGAAGGAGGCAGAGGAGAUAUACCAGCGAGCACUGGCAGGCUACGAGAACGCCCUCGGUCCAGAUCAUACGUCCACCCUUGGUACAGUCCACAACCUUGGUGUUCUCUACAGAAAUCAGGGGAAGCUGAAGGAGGCAGAGGAGAUGUACCAGCGAGCACUGGCAGGCUACGAGAAAGCCCUCGGUCCCAAUCAUACGUCCACCCUUAAUACAGUCCACAACCUUGGUGUUCUCUACUCUGAUCAGGGGAAGCUGAAGGAGGCAGAGGAGAUGUACCAGCGAGCACUGGCAGGCAAGGAGAACGCCCUCGGUCCCGAUCAUACGUCCACCCUUGAUACAGUGAACAACGUUGGUAUUCUCUACUCUGAUCAGGGGAAGCUAAAGGAGGCAGAGGAGAUGUACCAGCGAGCACUGGCAGGCUACGAGAAGGCCCUCGGUCCACAUCACAGGAAGACGAGUUGGGUUAAAAAAAGAUUAGGUAGGCUAAGAAUUUUCAAGUGA